AUGAACUACUCAUGUAAUGUCAGAGCUCAUGCGUUAUAUUCUGGAAUUCUAGGUGCUUUCUUAGAACCAAAUGACAACGACACUAAUAGUUCUGAAAAUAAUUCUAUUUACAACAAAACUUUACGUCGUGCUGCUAUCUGGCUAGCCCAAAACAAUCCUUACUUACAUUCAUUAGCCAACAAUUUAUCAAGUGAGAGGACCCAUGAGCCUAAUAAUCCCUUUUCAAGAGCUAGACAUACCAACUCUAAUGCACCAGCCGUUAAUCCACACGACAUAGUAAUACUGAAUUAUAACUUUCUAGAUGAAAUCCAUAACGAAGAUUUUCACUAUACUAGAUUAAUGGCAGGUUUCGUUCAAAAAAGUGAUAAUUUACGUCUACCAAUCUCUAUAUAUGAUCCAAAUUUAGAACCUUUGUUAUUUCCAGAUCUAUUCACAGACGAUAAAGAGCAUUUUCAUGACAUAUUAAAUCAACUCCAAUCGAAUAAUGAGAUGCGUAUUGAAACGUAUGAAAAAUACAUUAAACAAAGAUUAAUGAAUAUUGAUCCUAGAUGGAGGCUUCACCAUUAUUGGCCAUCAUGGUCCUACCUUCAAUUAGAAAAACUAAGAUAUCACCAAAACAUGCAAUGCUUAUUACGACAAAAUAGCACCUAUCCGAUUAAUAACGAACCUCUUCCAUCAGGAAGAGAUCUACUCCAGCCUAGUAAUUACACAUCACGCAACAUUCUUAAUGAAAACAUAAUAAUUCCUGUUCCAUCCUUUGUACGUACGGGUAAUACUUAUUUUCACCAAAAGCAACUCCAUUUAAAUGCCAUGUUACAAAAGUUCAGAUUACCUACUUUAUUUAUAACUCUGAGUAUGGCAGAGAGUAGAUGGACUCACCUCCACGAUAUACUCUGCAAUAGUGAUAAUGGUGACACCUUGCCUACAAACAGACCAUUCCACUGUGCAAAUUAUUUUGUUCACAGAUUUCAAUCUUUAAAAAAUGAACUUUAUAAAAAACCAGAUCUCACGAGAUUUGGUGAUAUCACCAAUUUUUUCGAUAAAGUAGAGUUUCAAAAUAGGGGAGCCGUGCAUAUGCAUAAUUGCUACUGGACAACUAAUACCAUCGAAGUCAUGAUUUCAACAAAUGUAAUAAGAUCAACUGUGCCAGACCCUGAACAUGAAUCUGAACUAUACGCUGCUGUUUUAGCAAACCAAAUACAUACCUGCGAUGCAAGAUGCCAAGGACCAGCAAUUCCAGCAUGUAAAAAAAGGUUUCCACGUCCUUUUAGUGAAACAACCCAUUAUGAAGAAAACAACUCUCGUUACACUUACAAAUGCUUAUCUCAAGCAGACUCCUAG